UCGUUCGUUCGUAUCGUUUGACAUUGUUAUCCGCCGAAAGCGCUUUAAUGCUUGCCAGCUGCUUUGCAAAUAUGCUAGUUUUCCAACGUCCCUUAUGCUAGCUUAGCGGCUCCGGGAAGGGAGCCUACAAGAACUGACUAGAGACGUCAUCAGCAUUUUCCUGUAUUUAAAUGGCUUCGUGUGGGGAGGUCAUUGCUUAGAAAGAAAGAUUUCUCGGAUUAAAAAAAGAAAGAAAGCCAAAAGCUACUGAAUAUAUAUACUCUGUGUCCUAAAUGGGGGACUACGGGUUUGGAGUUCUAGUGAAGAACAGCGGUGGUAACAAAUCUGCUCUCCCUGUAAGGAUCCCUCCUCACCUCCAACCCCAGCACCCUCACCACCCCUCCAACCCCCCGAGCUCCCCCUCCUUCGUAAACAACACCUGCUCCACCAAUGGAGGCAGUGCUUGGCUGUUCCCCGCAGUAGCCCAACACAGUAACAUGCAAGAUGAGAUUCUGGAGUCAGACAAGUCUAAGGCUUUAGACCUCCAGGAAAUGCAGGAAAAGUCUCAGGUUCAGGCCCAGCCUCAGGCCCUUUCUCCAGGCCAGCAAGAGGCCUCCUUAGAACUGGAGGGAGCUCUGCCUGAAAACAACUUGAUGGAGAAAGGUUCUUUGGAGAGCAGUGGUGGGAAGGAGAAGCUAAGGAUGGAGUCUCCAGUGCUGAGUGGGUUUGACUACCAGGACACACUGGGAAUGGGUACAGGGUGCACACAGUCCCCCCCUUCCUCACUGACAAGCUUCAACAACUGGUCCCCUGCUGUUCCGUCUACACAGUCUCCUGUGGUAGGUGAUGACGUUGGGGGUUUCUUCGGUCCUUCUGGUUCCAAUGGCAAUGCACCUCCCCUGCUGUUCCAGAGCUUCUCCCACCAUGCCGGGCCUGGCUUUGGUGCAGGUGGCAAUUUCUCUCCACAGAUCGGACCAGUCUCCCAGCACCAUCCUCCCACACCUCACCCCCAGCCCUAUCACCCUCAUGGCCAGGGCGUUCCGCCACAACACCGGCGCUCCCCGGCAAGCCCUCACCCCCCUCAGCCCUCCUUCCCGCCGCACGCUCAUCGGACCGGAGGCUUCCCCCAGCUUCCCCACCUCACUCCUGCCCAGGGCAAACACCCUUCACCCUGGGGAAGCUACCAGAGCCCCUCCACACCCACAUCAACCACCUGGAGCCCUGGCGGAUAUGGAGGCUGGGGGGGCACACAUGGGGUUCGAGAGUACCGACGUGGGGUAGGUGGAGGAAUGACUGGCCUUAACUCAAUCUCUCCACUGAAGAAGUCCUUCCCCAACAGUCAGGUUUCUUCCCAGAAGUUUCCCCGGAAUAACUCUGGCUUCAAUCACAAGGGCUGGGUGGAGGAUGCAGUGAGCCGCAGUGAUAGCGUUUACCCUUUCCAGCAGGAGAGAACCCGCUCCUUUGAUGGUUUCAACAUGCACUCUCUGGAGAACUCCCUGAUCGACAUUAUGAGGGCUGAGCAGGAUUCCUUGAAAGGACGCUUCAGCUUCUCUCACCAGGGCGGAGACGGCCCUCUGCCUGCGAAUGCGAGAAGCUAUGGCAGAAGGCGAGGUCAUUCCUCGCUUUUCCCCAUGGAAGAUGAGCGCUCUUUCGGGGAGGAAGAGACCACUGAACAGGGACUCGGUGGACUUGGCUCAGCGCACUGUUUCCCCCACCUCAACGGAGAGCGCAUCGAGCGCUACUCUCGCAAAGUGUUUGUUGGAGGGCUGCCCCCGGACAUAGACGAAGAUGAAAUCACUGCCAGUUUUCGUCGAUUUGGUCACUUGUUUGUUGACUGGCCUCACAAGGCAGAGAGCAAGUCCUAUUUCCCCCCAAAAGGAUAUGCCUUCCUGCUUUUUCAAGAUGAGAGCUCUGUUCAGGCUCUGAUUGAUGCCUGCAUUCAAGAGGAUGGCAAACUGUACCUGUGUGUCUCGAGCCCCACCAUCAAAGACAAGCCUGUCCAAAUCAGACCUUGGAACCUAAAUGAUAGUGACUUUGUAAUGGAUGGUUCUCAGCCUUUGGAUCCAAGGAAGACCAUCUUUGUUGGAGGUGUUCCUCGCCCCCUACGUGCAGUGGAGCUGGCCAUGAUCAUGGACCGUCUCUAUGGCGGAGUGUGCUACGCUGGUAUUGACACAGACCCUGAACUGAAAUACCCAAAGGGGGCGGGGCGAGUGGCUUUCUCCAAUCAGCAAAGCUACAUUGCAGCCAUCAGUGCCAGAUUUGUUCAACUGCAGCAUGGGGAGAUUGAUAAAAGGGUUGAAGUGAAGCCAUACGUGCUGGAUGACCAGCUGUGUGACGAGUGCCAGGGCACCCGCUGCGGAGGGAAGUUCGCCCCUUUCUUCUGCGCUAACGUGACUUGUCUGCAGUACUACUGUGAAUACUGCUGGGCGGCAAUCCACUCCCGGGCAGGACGCGAGUUCCACAAGCCCCUGGUGAAGGAAGGUGGUGACCGACCGCGGCAUAUCUCCUUCCGCUGGAACUAAGGCAAAAGCGAGAAAGGGACCUAGGAUUGGGGAUGGUCUGAAAGAAAGGGGUAGCUAGGGAGGGGAUACUGGCGACCUAUGAUAUGAAAAAUAUAAAUGCACUUUUCUCUUAAGUUAAAAAAAAGACUUAAUUUAUAUAUGUUUUUUUUUAAAUUGGGCCCUCUAAACAUAGUAACUGCUCAGAAGAGAGUAAAAUCCCUUUUAUGUUUUGACUUGGUGUGCAUGAACAUAUGAAUGCAUUCUAUUUGGAUUUCAAUGUUUUCUUACUUGACUGUAAUUUUGUUUGGUGUUAGCUGGCGAAGCUGCUUACAUUUGUUGUCAAGAGUAACAAAAUUUAAUUGAGGUUCAUCAUAAUACCUAAAUCGGUAUACUAACUAUGGAAGCUGCAUUGAAGAGAGUAUGUUUUCUUUUUUUUUGCGUGCAGAAUUUGAGAUCAACUACCAUUUACCAAAGUUUGAGUUGGGUUUGAAUAGAGGAGGAAUGUUAGAUGCUGAGUUGAUUUGUUUGGAAGCUGGCCAAUGUCAUCAUCAGUCUCCCCAGCAACUGGCAAAAGCUGCGUUUGAACUGCUUGCAAUUGUCUGAGGUCUCUGUUUCAAAGUGUCGACUUUGAAAGGAAAGGGCAAACCAAAGAUUGGCCUAAAACGCAUCAUCAAGAGCAGACAUCAAUGUGGGGUUGUCGUGUCCUCUUUUCACGCAGCGGAGGAAGUCUGGAGUUUCAGCUCAUUAAGGCACAGCCCUCGUGGCUCAGGUAGUAGUAUUUGCUCGCUUUAUAUUGUCAGGGAUAUUAGCACUGGAAGCUAACAUGCUAAUGUAGUACAAACUAUGGGAAUGCACAGUCCAUUCUCCCUGAGCUGUCCUCAUGGUGUUCCACUGCACGCUCUACCUGGAUUGGAGCUUCUCUCACUCGUGUUGUGGAUGGAUAUGGCUGUAGCUAGAAUUUGCUGUCACAGAGAUAAAGAUAUUAUUUUAUA